UGUUCACACGGUUCCUCUGUGCGUCUCCAACCCCUCCUGACUGGCUGACCGACCCAGGAGAGGACACGACCAACUCUGGCAGGCAUAGCGUGCUGUCUCAUCACCGCUGUCAUCACAGGAGAGAGGCCAGAGACCACAAACACCCACACAAGGACCUGCUCUCACUGCUCCGAGUCCUGGAAACGUCCCACGCGUGUUUGGACCGAGGGGAGAGAGCGACUGGGACAUAGUCUGCCUCUGUGGCGCUAUGCAGCUGCCCGGGAGGGUGGCCUUACUGCUGUGCUGCUGCUGGACCACUCUUGGACGAGGCUCAUCUGCCAGUGACCCCUGGGCCCAGUGUAAGAACAAAUCCUGUGAAAGCAAGUUUGCAAAUGAAGUGUGUGAUAAGGACUGCACUGAGCCUGAGUGUCUGAGAGAUGGCUUGGACUGCAUCACAGACAAGGGCCAAUGCAAGCAAGGCCAUGUUGAGUACUGCAAGCACCACUAUGACAACUCUCACUGUGACCAGGGCUGCAACAACGCGCUCUGUGGUUGGGACGGGAGCGACUGCUACCACGACCCCAUCUGGGCCACGGGGUCCCUGAUUGUCCAGACCAGGAUCCCCUUCACACAGGGACCCUUCCAGAACAACUCCCUCCUAUGGACACUGAGCACACUGCUGAGGACCCCGGUGAAGCUGAGGGACAGGGCUCCAUUCAAGCCCAGCAGUGACCUCCACAGACUCCAGCCCCAGCAGCUGGCUGACCUGCUGAAGCCCACCGCACCGGUCAGCAGCAGUGAGGGCUCGCUGCUGUUCCUGCAGGUUGAUAACAAGCCGUGCGUCCAGCAGCAAGAGGCCAGCUGCUUCCCCUCGGCGCCCGGCGCUGCCCGCUUCCUCCAGGCCAGGAUGGCACCGGGCCGCAUCCCCAGUGGCAGGCUCGCCGAGGUCCAGGCCAUUGUCCACGUGCGCGGUGUCAUGGAGGAACUCGGGGACAGGAGUGAGGAAGGAGUGGAGGCUAAAACGGGUGGAAAAAGGGGAGAGAAUAGAGAUGCAGCACCUGCAUGGCUGUGGCCGGUGGUUGGCACGGGAGUCGGCUUGGGCCUGGCGGUGGUGGUUGCUGUGGUUCUGGUAGUGAUGUGGGUCCGGAGGAGGAGGAGGAGGGAGCGGGCAGGGGAAUCGGACAGGGUGCGCCACCGGUCCACCGGCACUGACAACGGCAAAAACAACAACGGCAGCAAGGCCUGGAUUGAGACGGCCAGCCACCGCGGGGAGCGCGGGAAAGAUCGCAGGGAGAAGGAGAAGAACGGCCUGAAGAAGAAAAAGGGGAAGGGGAAGGACACAGGGAAGAAACGGCGAGAGCCGCUCGGAGAGGACGCCAUUCGACUACGGCCACUGCGAAAGGACCUGGACAUAGGAAGUGACACAGACAUGACCCAGAGUUCCAUGGAGGACGUCAGGUAUGCACGGCGGGAGGAGAUCUGCGACCACCGGACGCCAGAGCAAAAGAACUUCAGGCUCCUUCCCAGCCGCCCACAAUCACUAUCACCAAUGCAGGCCCCCCCUGGAGGCUGGGAAAGAAAUUCAACCCCUUCACAUCAAAGGUCACAAACACCAACCAAUACUGCUUCAGUGCAGUGGUGCGGUCCAGAUGGGUCAGUGGUUCUGAUCCGCGCUGUGCGUAGUGGGCUGGACCGAGUGGUUCUGGAGCUGCUCAGGGCUGGAGUGCCGGUCAACAACACGGACCAUACAGGGAGAUCAGCCCUCCACUGGGCAUGCACCGUCAAUCACCUCUCCUUGGCUCGAACUCUCAUUCGCUACGGUGCGGCGGUGGACCUCCAGGAUAACAAGGGCGAAACGGCUCUCUUCCUCUCAGCGCUCCACGGUUGCUACGACACCGCCAGAUUCCUGCUCCUCAAUGGAGCCAACCAGGACCUCUGUGAUCGGCACGGCCGGCGCCCUGUGCACGUGGCGCGCGAGGGCAUGCACCACCAGGUGCUGGAGCUGCUGUUGGCACACAGGGUGCAGCGGGGGCCUGUCCCCAUAGACCCGGCCUGUGAGGUGCUCUGGGACGACAGGGCCUACCUGUACUCCCCCUGGGCUGCGCCGCCCUCUCUUCCCAGCAGGAGUGCCUCAUUUUCAGGAGCCAUAACACCCAGAGGACUCUCAUCACCUCCACCACCAAGUGAUUGGUCAAUGGGUCCCAGGCAAUGUCCCUCGCCUCAAAACUGGCGCCCAUCACCCAGCCAAUCAACAACAGCACUGGUGACACCUAGAAUCCUUGGCCUUCCACCCCGGCCAAUCAGCACCUUGCAGGAAGUGACCUCAGAGGCAGAGGAAGAGGAAAGGGAAGCAGCCCGCGACCGCGAGGGUCCUCGAGCAGUUACGCCUCACUUCCUGUCGCCACAGCCCGCGCCGCGACAGAGGUCCUUCUCUUGUACCCAGCACGCUUUGCAGCGGCGCUCCGGCUGCAACCCCGCAGAGCUGUCGCUGCACAUUCCAACGCCCACAGAGAAGGCAGCCAAUGAGCACAUCGAGAGAGUGAUUUCACCGCCGCCUAAAGAAGCUCCAAACCAAUUAGAAAAUAAAGGUAGCAUCCCCGUCCCUCCCAAACCCCAGAUAGACCCUGAGAGAGAAAUCAGCACAAAGAACUGCAACCAGAAGAGUGAAAAAGCCAAUCAUGAAAACCUCACUUCUGUUCAGUCUGCUCUGUAAGCACACAUGUAUGCUUGAAGCCCAGUAGGCAUGAUUUAUGACAGAGCAUGCCCAACAGGAUCCACUUAAGAGUUGUAUACAUUUCCAGCUAUGAUAUAUUUCAUGUAUUCUCCAUAUUGCCACAAUACUAUGUCAAGGACACAGCUGUGUAUGAUUCUUAAUAACCGUGUCAAUGGCAAUAAUCAACUAAUUAAAUUAACUGUGUUUUCUUUGAAAAAUAAUUUAGCCAAUUCCAAUAGCACUAGACUUGAACCCAUUUGUGAUUUAGAACAUCUGGUCCAUUUCUCGGUAUGAACAGGUGGUGGAAAAAGUUUAUGGUUUUGAAUAAUUAAGAGAAUCUCGGG